AAAAAUAUAAUCAUUUCGAUGCAAAUCAUGAGUGAUUGAAAAAAAGUCGCGACGCAGGAUACGGUUUCUCACAUCGCUGCAUACGCCGACUCCGGAUUCCGGAAAGUGAAACCUUGGUAUCUCCCAAGUGAAAAGAGACGCACGGUCGGUUGUCUCGGGGAUGAAAUCUUGACUCAGUGCUAAUUGAAUAACUAUUACACACCUCCGUAUGUAAAGACUAAGAACAAUUGUUAAGCUGUACUUAUCAGUUAGUAUUGAGUAAGAAUUAAGGCAUAACAAUACAUACCCUAUGAGUGUAACUGAAUGUAGUUUUGCAAAAUAGAUAAGAUCGCGAGUCGUACACUGGGACCCCUGGAUAAUGGGUGUGAUCGUAAGAGAGUGUUUCCACGUUUCAACUACAACUUCCUAAAUCUUUAUUUUCAAUCUAUCAUUGUGAAUUGAAAACCUACAACCACGGAGCGUCCGAAGAGUAACGGCGAUAAUCCGCUAGUCAAAAUGAGUUUGAGUAUAACGAAGCUCUUCUCCAAGAAAAAGACCACUGUGGAAGUUGUCUCGGAGAUUGGAUUACCAACAAAUGUAUCUCACGAGUUUCAUGUCAGUAAAAACAUCGUGACAGGACAGCUUGAGGGCUUACCUGAACGUUGGAUACAAGAAUUGGAUAGACAGAUAACAAAGAGCGAGCAAAACGAGAACCCAGCAGCUGCCUUGCAGGCUAUCAAGUUCUAUAAUUAUUCAAUUAAGAAGAAACCUCUCGAGGAAGUCUUUAAGCCGUUUGUAACUGAGAGGUUGAUUGCUGAAGAGUCUCAAGAGAUAGAUAAGAUCCUUACAAAAAAACAGUAUCAAUCUGGAGACUCCGAUGGCAGUACUUCGAUAAGUUCCAAUGACAGUCAGCAAAGGUUACCCGAUCUUCCACCAAAGCUCAAUAAAGUUCCAAAACCUGCACCUCGAAAUAAAGUGGAACGCAAUGAAAAAACAUUGACCGAAAUACUAGAAGAUUUGAGUACAUAUCGAAUUGACAAUGACGAUGACACCCGACUUCCUGAUGAGAUACAGCACCCUGAUGAUGAAAGCCCCAUCCUACGUAGAAAGACAGAGGGGUCUGUUGGAAAGAUGACUGAGGAUGAGGUAUUUGAGGAAUUAAGGAAAAUCUGUAACUCUGGUGAUCCUCAUCUUAGGUUUGAACGAAGCAAGGAAGUUGGAGCUGGUGCAUCUGGUACAGUUUUCAUAGCCACUGAUACAAAAACCAAUCAUAGAGUUGCAAUUAAGGACAUAGAUCUGUCCAAACAACCUAAGAAAGAAUUGAUUCUCACGGAAAUUCAAGUUCUUAAGGGGUUUCAUCACUCGAAUCUGGUUAAUUUCCUUGACGCUUACUUGGUAGACGAACAUUUGUGGGUCAUAAUGGAACUCCUGGAUGGAGGACCCCUUACAGAUGUUGUCACCGAGACUGUGAUGAAAGAGGCGCAAAUAGCGGCUGUUUGCCGUGAGGUGCUUAAGGCCAUUAGCUUUCUCCAUGCAAAAGGAAUCAUUCAUAGAGACAUUAAGUCGGAUAAUAUUCUUCUUGGGAUGAAUGGGAUAGUGAAGGUGACUGAUUUUGGAUUUUGCGCCAACAUUGUUGGCGAUGAAAAAAGACAGACGAUGGUAGGAACUCCUUACUGGAUGGCUCCAGAGGUGGUUACAAGAAAGCAGUACGGUAAAAAAGUAGAUAUUUGGUCUCUGGGUAUAAUGGCAAUUGAGAUGAUUGAAGGAGAACCACCAUAUUUGAAAGAAACGCCACUGAGAGCUUUAUAUCUAAUAGCUGCCAUUGGAAAGCCUUCAAUUCCAAGAUGGGAUACACUGAGUCCAGCGUUUCAAAAUUUCUUGGAGAGAUGCCUGGCUGUUGAAGUUGAUGAUCGGGCAACAGCUGAUGAGCUGCUGACUCAUCCAUUUUUAGAUAAUUGUGCAGAUUUAUCUACACUUACGCCAUUGAUACGUGCAGCCCAAAGAAUUUUGCGGAAAGUCUUCUAAGGAAAUUUAAUAUCUUUCAGGUUUGGAAUUUUUUUUCUCCAAUUAACAAUCAAAGAAUUUACUGUGGUCAUCGAAGAAGUAUGAAUUUUUAAGUCCUUGUCUUGGCUAUGGAUUUACAUUCAUCACUUCCAUUUCACAGUAAGUAACAGACCCCUUACCAGGUAUCAUUAUGAAUUUUAUACAUAAAUACAUGUUGAUAUACAUGAAGUAAAUAUUUGAUCUUAAUAACCAAAUUUGAAUUUGGAUAUACACAUAUUUUUUAAACUUGUGUAAUGAAAGAUUAAUAUUUUUAUUAUAUUAUUAGUCGCGUUUAGUGUAUUUAGUAUUAUUAUAUCAAUAAUUGCUGGCAUAGCUGAUUCAGACUAUUGCAGUCAAGUGUAGUCAACGAUGAACAAUAUUAUAUUCAAGACUGACACAAAGUAUUUAUGUGAAUUGGAAGAAUGUCACGAUAUACAAGUAUUUUCCAUAUUCCAACAGCUUUUGCGAUAAUUCAUAAAAAAAUUCAUAUUUCGUCAUUAAAGUACAUGAAACGUUAUUGUCAAAGUGUGAUUUACAGAUUCCCGUUUGUCAAUUAUAUAUAUCAGUUGGCUGUAAAUACCACAAACCUGUUGGUUUGAUUUUCCAUUAGGAUUUUCAUUAAUUCAUAUCCUACGCUUGACCAAGUGCCUCGUUUUCUGCUAUGAGGUUUUUCAGCAGAAACCGUUUGUUAAAAGUAUGAACGUAAUAAGUAUUUUGAUAAAUUUUAUACAAUUGUAAUAGCUUAUUUUUAAUAAGAAUAAUCCUUGAAAAAAACCCACAGUUCUUGCAAACCUUAAAUCAGUGAUAGCCAAUUUAAUGAUAACUUGAUUGUCAUAGCAAUCGAACAUUUUAAAAAGGACCAAAUAAAUGCAAUAUUCUGCAAUAAGUUGUAUUUUAUGUAAUGCACUUUUCGCAUUUCAUAUUUUCCAUGUAUUAAGAUUUUUUUCAAAUAUAUAUCAAUUAAUAUGGCCAAAAGGCAUGGUAAUCUGCUCAACCAAAUAAGCGGUCAACUUAGUACGAUAACAUCGUACAUAAGGGUACGAAAAUAUUUUAUCUGACAAUUAUGACGACUUUUAUAAGAGUAUUAAUUUUCUAUGUACGUUCCAUAGCCUUGACCAGAUUAUUCUGAGCAACAAAUGUAAUCAAAAUUCUGUAUGUGAUCUAAAAUUCACAGAACAAAUGUAACGUAAGAAAUAAUAUCACAUGAAGUUCAAAUAGAAGGCUCAAUCUAUUUCAUCAAUACUAGGCCUUUAAAUAUCAUUUAUAAAAUUUAAAUGUCGUCACUACCUGAUCAGACAGAACUAAAAAACGUGAAUAUAUUUGAAUUAGGUAAAUGAAUAAAUUUAAUUGAAGAUUGACCGAUACGGCAUUGAUGAUUAUCAUUGAUAGUACUUUAUCGUUUUGUAUGUACUAUUAUCUGGGUAAUCAAUAAUUUGCAUCAUGGCUGUACAUUUUAGAGCAUGCAACCCAGGGAUAUGAUCGCAUAAAGUUAUUUUUUAGUUUCUGGGUGUUUUCUGCUUCAUCUUGUUUCAACAGUAACUCUACACCACAGAGCUUUAUAUGAUAGAUACAUUGAUCGGCUAGCGGAUUUGUAUCUCUAAAUAUUUAUGUGAAGCAACGCACGUGCAAUACGAAAAAUGACUUGUCUGAAAGCACCGGUUUUUGCUUAAAAUUUCAUAUUAGAUAUUUUCAAAAUUAUAGCUGAAAAAAAUAUUUACAUUUUCACAGCUGCUGGUCGCCCACGUUCAACAGGCUAUAAUUAUUAUACAAGUUAUGUAUAUGUAAAUAAAAUACGUAUGUAAUAUUGAUAAAAAAAAAAAAAUGAAUAAAACUUGGGUCGUUUA